UCGGGGGCCAUUUUGUGAGGAGACGAAGACUAAGCGGUGGCGGCCGCGUUGCCGACAUCGAGUAGCAGUCGGCUUCUUCAAUUACAACCCGGGAGUGGGAGAUUCAUAAUCCAAUCUCUUCUCCCUUCCCCUUCUUGUUUUUCAGCUUUGUGACAAACCUUAUCAAACACCAUGGCCAGCAAUGUUACCAACAAGACAGAUCCUCGCUCCAUGAACUCUCGUGUAUUUAUUGGAAAUCUCAACACACUUGUGGUCAAGAAGUCUGAUGUAGAGGCAAUCUUCUCGAAGUAUGGCAAAAUUGUGGGAUGCUCUGUUCAUAAAGGCUUUGCCUUUGUUCAAUAUGUUAAUGAGAGAAAUGCCCGGGCUGCUGUAGCAGGAGAAGAUGGCAGAAUGAUUGCUGGCCAGGUUUUAGAUAUUAAUCUGGCUGCAGAGCCAAAAGUGAACCGAGGAAAAGCAGGUGUGAAACGAUCUGCAGCGGAGAUGUACGGCUCUUCUUUUGACUUGGACUAUGACUUCCAGCGAGAUUAUUAUGACAGGAUGUACAGUUACCCAGCACGUGUUCCUCCUCCUCCUCCUAUUGCUCGGGCUGUAGUGCCCUCAAAACGCCAGCGUGUAUCAGGAAACACCUCACGAAGGGGUAAAAGUGGCUUCAAUUCCAAGAGUGGACAACGGGGAUCUUCUUCCAAGUCUGGAAAAUUGAAAGGAGAUGAUCUUCAGACCAUUAAAAAGGAGUUGACUCAGAUAAAACAAAAAGUCGAUUCUCUACUGGAAAGCCUGGAAAAAAUUGAGAAGGAACAGAGCAAACAAGGAGUAGAGAUGAAGAAUGAUAAGUCAGAAGAGGAGCAGAGCAGCAGCUCCCUGAAGAAAGAUGAGACUAAUGUGAAGAUGGAGUCUGAGGGGGGUGCAGAGGACUCUGCUGAGGAGGGGGACCUACUGGAUGAUGAUGAUAAUGAAGAUCGGGGGGAUGACCAGCUGGAGUUGAUCAAGGAUGAUGAAAAAGAGGCUGAGGAAGGAGAGGAUGACAGAGACAGCGCCAAUGGCGAGGAUGACUCUUAAGCACAUAGUGGGGUUUAGAAACUUAACCCAUUAUUUCUUUACCUAGGCGCUUGUCUAAGAUCAAAUUUUUCACCAGAUCCUCUCCCCUAGUAUCUUCAGCACAUGCUCACUGUUCUCCCCAUCCUUGUCCUUCCCAUGUUCAUUAAUUCAUACUGCCCUGCGCCUAGUCCCAUUUUCACUUCCUUUGAAGCUCCUAGUAGUUAUGUUAAGUCUGACCCUGUAAUUUUUGCUUUUAAUUUUGAUACCUCUUUGACUUAACAAUAAAAAGGAUGUAUGGUUUUUAUCAA